GGACCCACAGUAAUCGCGCGAUCAGGCUUACCUUAACAAAACGACAUUCAAGAUCAAAAUCGCGUUCGUCUUCCAUUCCUUUCUUUCUUCCGAUCCUAUCCACUCCUUGUUUUCAACCGUCUUACACUACUUCGACCUUCAAGCAGCCUUCAGGUCGAUUUUAUAGGACGUAUCAGUCAUUGAGAUUCGCUUUGACGGUCGGUGGUCUGUAAUGUCAGUACAAGCCUCUAGGCCUCCGAUCCACCGCCUACCAGCCGAGAUACUCUUUGAAAUAUUUGAUUGGGCUCUCGUCGACGCUCUGUCCGACAAUCGGCCCGCUGUCCAAAGUCCUUGGACCCUCGGCCAUGUCUGCUUGCGAUGGCGACAAACAACCCACUCCUUUCCCUCCCUCUGGUCCAAACUUCGCAUCCAUAUCACUGAAAGUUCCUCAUUUAUUCGCCUUGGCAGGCUAACACCUGUGUCACCUCAGGGAUCCAUACAUUUCACGGCAGGUCUCGACUACGCGUUGAGCCGCUCUGGGUCCUCCCCACUAUCCCUUCGUGUCGAAUUCUCGGAUUGGGAGGAUUACUCCCAAGAGUUACUUAUACGGCUAGUCUCGCUCUCCCAUCGAUGGGAGGACAUCAUCGUAAUCGCCCCCACAGAAACCUUCAAUGCCCUCUUUGAAUUGCUCGGCAGCGCCCAACUUCCCCUUAUCCAAUCAAUCCGCUUUCAGUCAUCAUCACAAUUCUAUUGGGACGACAUGCCAGCUAAAGAUAGAUGCACCGCCUUCCAAACUGCACCGAAGCUUCGUUCAGCGAUCCUCAAUCCAGUCUUGAUGUUGCGGCUGCCCUCGUCGCGCAUAACAGAGCUAAGCAUAAGCUACCCCGAGCCUGAGGACAUACCCAUUAUUCUUAAUCAGCUGCCUUACCUGCAGUUCUUCAGGCUUACCGGUUUUAAGCCGUGGAACAUCGACAACCCAGUCCCAACGACCCAUAUGGCACUACGACAAGUCGAACUACCUUCUCUCGACAAUCUGGCUUUUUUUACGCUUCCUUUUCUAACACAUCUCUGCAUCUCUACUGUUACUCAAUCAUGGAAUCGUGAAAUCGUCGCGUCAUUUCUCAAUCGCUCAUCAUGUGUCAUCCAUAAACUACAAAUUUCCCUAGGCGGAGGCCUCGGCCGAAACGCUCAACCUGUCCUGUCUGUAUUUUCCUGCGUUGCACAGCUCAGCAUCGGUACAGAUGGAUAUCGAAAUCUUUUCGGUAGUCUUCGAAAGGAUCCAUCGUUGCUUCCCAACCUGGAAACUCUCCAAUUCCUCCCAGACAGCGUCAAUGAUUGUGAUCUGAGGGAUGUGCUUGCGCUGGGGAGCACUCGUUCGAAGACACUUCGCGUUAUCGAUAUUGGACCAUGUUAUCGCGUAGAGCCGACGGAGAACGAGGACCGUACUGAGAUAUCCAGGCGGCUCAUGGAUUCCGGACUUCGGCUCAAUCUUAUUAUGAGGGAGAAACGACGCCGCGAUAGUUUUUUUCAUGUCAAUCAUGAUUCCCGUUGCAUCAUGAUGUAGCUUCGCUAUUAUAUAACUCAUCGUCUCGUAUCCAUGAUUAACCAAUGUCCGAACAGCCGUGCAUCUCCACGAAGUCGGUUCUAGUUGCUCCUUGUACUGUACAUGUGCCUCGGCAGGAGUAGUAGUUAUUAAUAAUAACACACCGUCUACUGCGCAUCUUGAGAACUGCUGCGCAAUUUUAUGCUACUCGUCAUCAUCAUCACGACUUCGUGCAGAGACGGCCGCAGUAUAGUGCGUAGCUGACACGGGCAUGGACAGCCGACAUAAAACA